UACAUUUCUUCACUAUCACAAAAUUUUGCUAUAUAUAUAAACAAAUAAUUAAAAUCCAAUAACUGAAAUACUGAACCUUGUCCUUUCCUCUUUUGUCCUUUCAAAAAAACCUUCACUUAUUUAACUUCUCUCCUUUCUCUUCAAGAAAACCUAAAACCACAUUCCAAUUUUCAUACCUUAAAAGAAAACAUCAUCUUCACUUGUUAUCAUUAAACCAAACAAUUUUCACCCAUGAUGUUACCAAACCCAGCACCCACCGUCCCAGACGCCGUCGCUCGCUACCACACCCACGCCGUCUCUCCCCACCAGUGUUGCUCCGCCGUCAUCCAAGAAAUCUCCGCUCCCGUUUCCACCGUCUGGUCCGUCGUUCGCCGCUUCGACAAUCCCCAAGCUUACAAACACUUCGUCAAAAGCUGCCACGUCAUCCUCGGCAACGGUGACGUAGGCACUCUCCGUGAAGUCCGUGUCAUCUCCGGACUCCCAGCCGCCGUCAGCACCGAACGACUUGAAGUCCUCGACGAUGAACGCCACGUCAUCAGUUUCAGUAUGAUCGGCGGAGAUCACCGUCUAGCUAACUACCGUUCUGUCACCACUCUUCACCCUAGUCCGAUCUCAGACCCCGACGGUAACCACCGCACAGGCACCGUUGUUGUUGAGUCUUACGUGGUUGACGUGCCGCCGGGAAACACCACUGAUGAUACUUGUGUCUUUGUUGAUACCAUCCUUCGGUGCAAUCUUCAAUCUCUCGCGAAAUUCGCCGAGAAUUUGGCCUUAACUCGAUCAAAUCAACGAUAACUUUUUUUGUUUUUGUUUAACUUGUAGUCUUUUACCAUUUUUUACUUGUAAUAAUAUUAGUAAUCAAGUUGUUAUAUAUUUUUAUUUUUAUUAAUGGUAGUUUAUGCGAGUUUAAUGUUGUAUUGUACUGUAACAUUGGGUAUAGAGGUCAUGAUUGAUGUGAAUGACAAAGUUUCUAUGACAUGAAAUGAAAUGUUGAGAGCUUUUGAA